AUGCAAUCAGUUUCUAAGGAAAACAAAAACUUCAGAUUUAUUCUUACAGUUAUUGAUACAUUUUCGAAAUACGCUUGGGCUUUUCCAAUUAAGACUAAAAGUAAAGAGGACGUAUGCUAUAACUUUAUGAAGCUCCUAAAAACACGUGUAGCCAAAAAUCUGCAAACCGACAAUGGAACAGAAUUUUAUAACGAUAAGUUUAAAAAAAAUUAUGAAUUCUUAUAA